GGUGAGGGAGGUCGAUUACAGUUCUGCUCCCAGCCUGACACAGUUUGGGAAAACCCAGAUCAGAGGACGAAGUAGGUGUCAGGGCCUCAGAGGUCUGGAAACGCCUAUGGCUCCAGCAAAUCUUGGGGCCCUGAGGAGGUAGGGGGACAAGCUAGGUGGAAAGGGUGAAUAGCAGGAGGGGUCGGUGGCGAUCCCACUGUGGAUCAAGGAGAGAAGUGUGCUUUUGCCCCGAAAAAAGUUCAUCUUCCAUUACACGAACAUGCGCUGGGCAAGGGGUCGGCAUGAGACAUACCUGUGCUUUGUAGUGAAGAGGCGAGUUGGACCGGACUCCUUAACCUUUGACUUUGGACACCUCCGUAAUCGCAGUGGCUGCCAUGUAGAGCUGCUGUUCCUGCGCUACCUGGAAGCCUUGUGCCCUGGUUUAUGGGGAUGUGGAGGUACUGGAGAGAGGAGGCUCAGUUACUCCAUCACCUGGUUCUGCUCCUGGUCUCCCUGUGCCAACUGUUCAGUCAGACUGUCCCAGUUCUUCAGCCGGACGCCCAACCUUCGCCUCAGGAUCUUCGUCUCUCGCCUUUACUUCUGUGACAUGGAGAACAGCCGUGAAAGAGAUGGCUUAAGAAUGCUGAAAAAAGCUGGCGUGCAGACAACAGUCAUGAGUUAUAAAGACUACUUCUAUUGCUGGCAGACCUUUGUGGAUCGUAAGAAGAGCAACUUCAAGCCCUGGGAAGAUCUGCACCAAAACUCUGUUCGGCUUGCCAGAAAACUCAACCGCAUCAUGCAGCCUUGUGAAACAGAAGACUUUAGAGAUGCCUUCGAACUUCUUGGACUGUGAAAAAGUACCUGUGACAUCCUUUGGUGUUGCCAUUAAGUAUAUCAUUAAGUCUAUAGAGAAAAAGACAUGUCUGUGUUUGUCCAUCACUACAACGGCUAAACUGAGAAUGAGAAAGACUGAGAAAAUAUAGCUUUCACGUUGUGGCAAGGCUUGUAAUGUUAGGUAGCGGCUGCUUGCUGUUUCUGCAGUAGGGUAUGUUCAUGUGAAAUAAAACAAUGAGAUAAUGUC